AUGAAACUGAAAGGUCACUUGAAAAGCAACAAAAAGAACAAUAUAGAAGACCACAUGAAAGACCAUGUGAAAGGCCUCCCAGAAACACUUGAAUCAACAUCAAUUCUUCUCACAGACAGAACAGAGAACCUUCCGAGAUAUAUUAAUACUGUAGAUCAGCCUGUCGAAGAUGAUUUUCUAUUAAAAAAUGAUAAUAUUGAGGAAAUAGUUGCUAAAUUACCAGAUGAAAGUUCAUAUGUGCUAGAAACAGCUCAUACCACAAUAACAUAUCUACAACUAAUUGAUGAACCUGCUGCUACAGAAGAAAUACUUAAUAAUAAGGAGAUUAUUUUUAUAGUUCAAGCUGAUAAAAAUGAAGAAUUAGUCAAAUGA